UGUAACUUCCAUCGGCAACGAGCAGCCAUUAUGAAUACCUUAAAAAAAUUAUUUCUUAUUUUUACGAUUAUUGUGGGUCUAGUAUGUCUCCUUCUUUUAAUUAUGACAUUUCAAAAUUCAAGCCAACCGAGCAUAAAAAGUUAUAAAGUAACAACAUAUUUUCCAGUGAAGUCUGACACGAAGCCAAAGAGAGUCCUCAUGUACACAACAUGGUUUGGAAUUUCUCCUUGGCCUGGAGUAAAAGCCAACAGUUAUUUUUCUGAUGGAAAUGGGAACCUAUGUCCUGUUAGUAACUGUGUGUUCACAUAUGACAAGGAAGAGUUAGAAAAUAGCGAUGCAGUGAUCUUCCAUGCACGAGAUAUACCAAGCAUCGAAACCAUGAGGACUAUCUCACUGAACAAGAACCGUCUGAAGCAACGAUGGAUUUACUAUUCGCAUGAAAGUCCUUAUUAUAUACUUCACGAUCCUACUGCAUACAACUAUUUCUUCAACUGGACAAUGACUUAUAGGUAUAAGUCUGAUAUCUUUAUGCCUUAUAGAUAUUACAGAAAGAUUACACCUGAAGAAAGAAUGAAAGUAAUCCAAGGUGUUAACUAUGCUCAAGCGAAAGACAAGCUUAUUGCAUGGUCUGUGAGUAACUGUGGAAGAAUAAGAGAUAAAAUAGUCAACAAGCUCCUCAAAUAUGUUAAGAUAUCAAUCUCUGGGAAGUGUUCAAAGAAAUUUAACCAGAAUUAUAAGUGUAAACGAUCCUCACGUCAAUGUGAAGUGGACUACAAAAAAUCCAAGUUUUACCUUGCAUUUGAAAAUAGUAUGUGUCUAGACUAUGUCACUGAAAAAUAUUGGAGUGCUCCAUUUAUAAACAAUAUGGUUCCAAUUGUUCUAGGUUCGAAUUAUGACGAAAAGGUUGCAAUACCAGGUUCAUUCAUAAAUGCUUUAGAUUUUCCAUCAAUCAAAGCCUUAGCAAGCUAUAUUCAGUUUUUAGACAAGAAUGACACAGCUUAUAAUGAAUAUUUUAAAUGGAAAAGUAAGUACACAUUUGACGAAAGUUUCUCUUCUGAUUGUCAAUUGUGUGCCAUGCUGCAUAAUGAUAGUCUGCCAGUGAAAAUAUACAAGAACUUGGAUAUCUUCUGGGGAAGAAGCACAUGUAACCAACGUGCUGAAGAUAUAAAAAGAUUAUUAAAAGAUUAAUAAUAUCAGUCAGUCAGUCAGUCAGUCAGUCGGUCAGUCAGUCGGUCGGUUAGUCAGU